AUGCUUACUGUGAAGAAAGCCUUGCGGCUCAACAUCGCCUAUUCCAAGAUCUGGACAGACAGCAUGACUGCCAUUAGCUGGGUAAGAGGUCAAUCCAAGUCCUUCCGGUCCUACGUCGCAUAUCGUGUUGGCGAGAUCACAACAGAGUUCGACCCCAUCAAGGACAUUGCAUAUGUACCAUCAGAUCAGAAUGUUAUCGAUCUGGUUUCCAGAGGAGGAACUGCCAAUGAAAUGAGACAAGUCAUUGAGGGACCACUGUACUUGAAGCAAUCACCUACGUUUUGGCCAAAGACACCAGAAAAUGUUCCUGUGAGCCUUGGAGACGAAGAACAGAAAAAAUUCCAUGUCCGGAAUGCCAAGACACUGGCUCUCAGAAUCAACGUCGUCUCUAAGCCUUCUCCGAUAGUUGACUCAACCAAGUUCUCCAGCUGGUGCAGGUUAAAGAUGGUGACCGCUAGAGUUCUCUCCGUGAAAAAACUGCCCAAGAACCAAUGGCUGAAGCAGCUCGCAAAACAGAUCUCUAUGUACCCUUCUCCAAAACUUGUCAAGGAGGCUGAAUUAUACUGGAUAAGACAAGCACAGCGAGAUGUUGACUUCCAGGAUCCUAACAUCAUGAAACUGGACCCAUUCUUCGAUGAAGAAGACCAAGUCUUCCGUGUUGGCGGACGAAUUGACAGGGCUCCAUUGUCAUAUGAUGUGCGACAUCCUUAUCUUCUCCCUAAGAAGAGCCACAUCAGUCUGCUGAUCGUGAGAGAUAGACAUGCACAUGCCCUUCACGGGGGUCACUUGAGAACGGCAACAGAAGUUAGGAAGCAUUACUGGAUUGUCGGAGACGUGAACAUAUCCAAACGCGUGGUGUACGACUGUGUCGUAUGCAGGAGACACAGAGGCAAGCCAAUUCAACAGAAGAUGGCCGACUUGCCAGAAUUCCGAGUCACUCCUUGCUCACCCCCAUUCAAGACUACAUUGGUUGAUUACCUUGGACCAGUGAAUGUAAAGCUGAACCGGAAUACCACGACAAAGGGCUACUGUGCUGUGUUCACGUGUGCAGUGACCAGAGCCGUGCACCUCACCUGUGUUCAAGACCUGUCUACACAAGCGUUCCUACAGGCACUAGAACGGUUCAUAAGCAUCAGAGGGGCGCCAUCCUUGCUGGUCAGCGAUAAUGGCACUGCCUUCAGAGGAGCUGAUAACACCAUCAAUGAACUGAACUUGAAACUGAAUCAGACAGUACUGAAGGACCAUUGCCAACGGUACAAUGUUCAGUGGAAAUUCGGACCUCCAGGAGGACCUCACCACCAGGGGGCCGUUGAACGAUUGGUCCAAGAAGUUAAGAAAGGUAUGAGACACCUGGUGAUAGCUGAUCGUUUGACUUUCGUCGAGUGGGAGACUGUUUUCUGCCAGAUAUCCAGCCUGAUCAAUGGUCGACCCCUAACUGCAAAAUCAUCGUCACCGGAUCAUCCUCCACUAACGCCAAACCACUUCCUGAUAGGUAGAGGUGACUUACCAUGCCCCGAAGUCCCGUGUGAAGAAUACAAAGGAAACCACCGGAAACGUAGGGAGAUCUGCAAUUUCAUGGUAGAUGGGUUUUGGCGACGUUGGAUGGAGUGCAUCCACAAACUCUCACCACGCCAGAAGUGGCAGAAAUCUGCUGAGAACUUAGGAGAGAGGGACAUCGUACUCGUCAUCGGUGAGAACCUGAAGCGCGGCUCCUGGAAGAUGGCGGAAGUCACGUGUGUCUACCCAGGAAAAGAUGACCUCGUCAGAGUAGUGGACGUGAGAUUCGCGGACGGUACAAAACUGAAAAGACCUGUGACAAAGCUUGUUCUGCUAAUGAAGGAAUCUGAACGUUCAUAG